ACUCACAGCCCCAAGUAGGUCCAGCGCAGCUACGAGCUGUCUUCCUGCACACAGAGCACGAGCAGAGGAAGUCAAAGACCAUCACACAAGCCGACAUGAAGGUGGAAUUACUCCCAGCCCUCACAGACAACUACAUGUACCUCCUCAUCGAUGAGGAAACGAAGGAGGCUGCAAUAGUGGAUCCUGUGCAGCCCCAGAAGGUUUUGGAUGCUGUCAAAAAGCACGGUGUGAGGCUGACCACUGUCCUGACCACCCAUCACCACUGGGACCAUGCUGGGGGAAAUGAGAAGCUCGUGAAGAUGGAAACAGGGUUGCGUGUGUAUGGGGGGGACAGCAGAGUCGGAGCACUGACCCAGAAAGUGUCUCACCUUACAUCCCUCAAGGUGGGAUCUCUUAAUGUGAAAUGCCUCUGUACGCCGUGUCACACUUCUGGACACAUCUGUUAUUAUGUGACUAAGCCAAAUAGCUCCGAGCCACCUGCAGUUUUUACAGGUGACACGCUGUUUGUGGCUGGAUGUGGGAAAUUCUUCGAGGGAACCCCUGAGGAGAUGUACAGAGCUCUGAUUGAGAUUUUGGGCACCUUGGACCCCAAAACGAGAGUUUACUGCGGUCAUGAAUACACAAUCAACAACCUCAAGUUUGCUCGACACGUUGAACCCAAUAAUGCUGCCAUCCAGGAAAAGCUUGCUUGGGCCAAGGCAAAGUAUGACAGUGGUGAGCCAACCAUCCCCUCCACCAUUGCAGAAGAGUUUACGUACAACCCCUUCAUGCGAGUGAGGGAGAAGACAGUUCAGGAGCAUGCUGGGGAGACCGACCCCAUCCGAACAAUGGGGGCCAUCAGGAAAGAGAAGGAUAACUUCCGAGUCCCGAAGGACUAAGCACUGCCUGGAUCACUUUAAUGUCAGUUUAAGUGUAAUUUAGACUGUUCAGAUGUCUUAGGAGUUGAACCUUCUGUUGUGAUUGAGACAGUCAUAUUUAGGCUUUUAUUUUGUUUUAAUUAAGG